AUGCUGAGGGGGGCGCGCGCGCUGCGGGCGCCGCGCGCCGGGAUCGGGCCCCGGGCGCGGGGGGGGGCGGCCCCCGGGCGGCCCCUGCAGGUCGCGGCCCCGCGGAGCUCCGACGUGUUCCGCGAGCUGGGGCCGGCGCUGUCCCGCCUGGGUCGGACGCUGCGCGGGCAGGUGCCGGGGCCGGGGGGCUGGAACCCGCCGUGGUCCCCCCAGAGCUGCCCCCCCCCGGAGCAGGCGGACGUGGUGGUGGUGGGGGGGGGCGUGCUGGGCUGGGCGGUCGCCUACUGGCUGAAGGCGCUGGAGAACCAGCGGCACGGCAUGCGGGUGCUGGUGGUGGAGCGGGACCCCACGUAUUCCCGGGCCUCCACUGUCCUGUCGGUGGGGGGCAUCCGGCAGCAGUUCUCCCUGCCCGAGAACAUCCGCCUGUCCCUCUUCUCCGCCGCCUUCCUCCGCAACAUCAACGACUACCUGUGGGUGCCCAACGAGCCCCCCAUUGACCUCCAGUUCCAGCCCUCGGGGUACCUCUUCCUGGCCUCCCAGCGAGGCGCUGCCACCCUGGAGGCCGGCGUGAAGCUGCAGAGGGAGGAAGGCGCCAAGGUGGCCCUGCUGUCCCCCAGCCAGCUGAAGGCCAAGUUCCCCUGGAUCAACACGGAGGACGUGGCUGUGGCGUCCUACGGGCUGGAGAACGAGGGCUGGUUCGACCCCUGGUCCCUCCUCAACGCCUUCCGGAGGAAAGCCAUGUCCCUGGGCGUCCUCAGCUGCGUCGGGGAGGCAAAAUCAUUCACCAUGCCCGCCGAGGACGAGAUGCCGCUGAUGGCGCGGGACCGCGUGAAAUAUGUCAACGUGCGCCUGCCCGACAGCCCCGAGCAGCAGCCCGUCGCCUGCGCCAUCGUCGUCGCUGCCGCCGGCGCCUGGACCGGGGAGCUGCUGGAAACGGCCACCGCCGGGCUGCCGGGGGGGUCCCCAGCCCCCCUCCCCAUCCAGCCUCGGAAGAGGUACGUCUACGUGUGGCACUGCCCCGACGGGCCGGGCCUGGAGUGCCCCUUCCUCAUCGACACCUCGGGGGCCUAUUUUCGGCGCGAGGGCAUCGCCGGCAACUUCCUAGGGGGCAUGAGCCCCCCCGAGGGGGAAGAGCCGGACACGGGGGACCUGGAGGUGGACCACGACUUCUUCCAGGAGCAGGUCUGGCCGCGGCUGGCGCACCGCGUGCCCCCCUUCCAGACGCUGAAGCUGAGGAGCGCCUGGGCCGGCUACUACGACUACAACGCCUUCGACCAGAACGGGGUGCUGGGCCGGCACCCCCGGCUGCAGAACGUUUUCGUGGUGGGGGGGUUCAGCGGGCACGGGCUGCAGCAGGCCCCCGCCGCCGGCCGCGCCGCCGCCGAGCUGCUCCUGCACGGCCGCUGCGGCACCAUCGACGUGGGGAGGCUGGCGCCCGGCCGCCUGCUGGGCGGGGAGCCCCUGCGGGAGGCGGCCAUCGUCUGAGCCGGGAGCUCCCCCCCCCAAAAAAAAAAAAGAAAAGGGGUGUCGGGAGCCUCCCCCCCACCUCAAAAAGGGGCGCUGCGGGGCCCGUGGUGGAAAUAAAGAGAUGCACGGUG